ACGCAUGCGCAUAAUGGCAGUCAACAUUGUACACACAAACGACAUAUUUUGAACCCAAGCUUAUGAAAAUCACUCUUUGAUGUACUGAUUGAGGGCAGAAUUCGAUUAAAAUUUAUACGGUUUUGAAAGAUUCCCCAAUACCGGAGGAAUUUAUCUUACACGUACAUGUGGAUACACACCGUCGAAAUCAACCAAAAUAAAAGGAACUCUGGAUGUAUGAUGAUGUCAAGUAUUUCUUAAUUAGAUGGCCCUAGUAUCAUCGAUAACUGCCACAAUGAAGGAUAAGAAGAACCCUAAACCCCCAAAGCACUGGACCCAGAACAUUCAGGAAUGUACGUUACGACGGGCCCCCGACGGCGGAACACACUUUGCGCUGGGCGGAGGAGCGGAGCAUGGACAGUUUCCUCAUGUUCUCGAUAUUCGCACGGACAAGAUUUUGCUGGAGUCCGGCAAGCUUCAUAUUGAUGAUAUACUUUUAGAGCUGAAUGGCUAUAAACUAGCAGGAUACACACUUUGGGAUUUAAAAUCAUUGAUCAAUCAUGUUGGCUCUGAAGCACUUCGAUUCAAAACACUGAAGUCUGGUUACAAGUUUAUGAACUUCAAGAAGACUGGUGACCCAAUAAGAAAGUUUGGAAGAGGAUUCUGUCAAUGUCACAAAGUGGAUGGAGGUAGAAUUGUGCCUCGCCAUCAGGCCAGGAGUACAGGUCACCAGAUGUACUGAAGAUAUACAUUUUCACCUUGAACAGAGGCUACCUGUAGUUGAGAAAAAUAGUAUUUGGAAGUUUGACUAUAUUUUUUAAGCAAUAGGCAAAUAUUUUUUAUAUUAUAUCAAAUCAUUUACUUAUUUAUGUCUUGACAUUUUCUCAUUAAAGGGGGUGGAUUACUAGGGACAAUGAAUCUGAUCUGUUCUUGCAAAAUACACAGGAACCUUCACUUUGUAUUUUUUCAUAGCAAAUAGAAUUCAUCAUUUCAUAGUUCAUAAAUUAAAUAUAAAGUUACGUUUUAUAGAAGGUUUUUGUAUUUGUGUUGUUGUGUUCUACUUUGUUUUCACAAUACAAUUACUUGCCCAUUACCUUUUCAUAAAUUAUCUGUACUUCAAUUUCAUUUCUCAAUGGAUUUAUUUCAUCUAAUUUUAUUCUGCAUUCUAAUCAAGGGUGGUUAUCUAGACAAUUCCAUUUAGUUUUUUAUGACCAUCCUAUUUAAUUUUCAUCGCUGAAGUUUAAUUUUUCAAGCAAUUACAUAAUGUAUGUUUUAUUGGAAUUAAAUGAAUUAAUGGAAUUCAAAUCUGCAAUUUACCUUCUGAUACAGCAAAUAAACUCUUGUGAAACAAACUUGAUUGUGUGACAUUUUCUUUUGUUCACUUGUACAUGUUUUAAAAAUCUCAUUAUAUUGCAAUAAAAAAAAUCACAUUGAAAACAAUCACACAGGCUUUUGCUUUCUGAUAAAACAAACCCCCCCCCCCCUCUCCUUACAAUUGAAUAUAUAGAAAUCAAAAUACAAAAUAUUGAAAAAAUAUUGAGAGAAAAAAAGAAUGUGCUUAAAAGUAUAACAUUCAACAAGAUGAAAAGUUUUGGGAAGGUUAGGCCUAGAGCCAAGAAUUACUAGUAAUUGGAUUAUGGCCAUGCUUCAUCAUACACAAAGCACAUGUACUAUGUGUAGGGGGUAGUAACAGAAAAAUGAUUUAGCCCCCCCACCCCCCUUCUUUCGGAUUGGGAUCAGCCG